AUGAAAGUUAUCCACUCGGUCGAUCUGCCCGAAGUAACCCUGCCAAAUAGCGCCCUCACCGGCGUUCAACUCACUGAUUACAAGGAUUACGAUAAGUUCUCAACUUAUGAGGCACGCAUUCCAGCCAAGUCUACCGUUCCUCUUAGAUCACCUGAGAGUGAGAAUAGUGUCCACAUCUAUUACUGUAUCAGUGGGAAAGGAACGUGUGGGGAGUCUGGAGAUCAACGAGAUGUCAGCCCGGACACUGUGGUGGCAUUGUCUUUCGAUAUGACCUUCGAGUUAACAGUGUCGGCGGAGAGCGAUAUGCGUCUAUUUGUAGUCUACUAUCCAGACGCCAAGAUGGGCUACCGAUCGCUGGCUGUAGUAAGAGGUCUGUCUGAGAUAGUUGGCACGGACAGGGAUAUAAACUGGUUAAGCGGUCGUAGCCGGCGAUAUCUCAUUAAACAAGAUGGCUUCCCCGUGAGUAUUUAUAACACGUGGGUUUACCCAAAGACAUCUACCCGGUUACACUAUGAGAACCACAUCGAGAGUGCGUACUUUCUUGCGGGGAAGUUAACAUACCAGUGGCAAGAUACCAGCGGCGAGUGGGUUCAUGCAAAUGCAAAAACGGAUUGCAAUAAUGGCACAAACUACCUAAUGAAUAUGCAUGACUGUCAUGUGCUGAAGAAUCACGACGAAGACGCUUACUGCAUCUGUAUCUUCGACCCUGUUCUUAUUGGGGCAGAAGAGUACCAGCCAACAAAAGGCGUAUUCUUGGGAUACAAGACAUGA